AAGAGUGUGUGAAAGAGAGAGAGAGUGUGAGUUUUUUCCACUUUUUUUUAUUGCUGGUCAUUUGAAAAGGAGCGAAGAGGUAAUUCACCUUAAUUUAUUCUACUGCAAGUUAGAAUAAAUGCCACUAUGUGGUUUUAAUUAUAGUCCCUUCCACUCUUAUGUGAACACAUGAUUCAGUUUUAACAUUCAUGAGUCAACUAGUUAAAACUUUGCUUCACAAAUUGAAGGCGAUCUCGCUCGGGCUCCUUCACGUGGACCUUAACGCUUUUCAAAUUACUGUGGGCUCUGUAUAAUUUUUAAAUUAUUAUUAUUCUCUACUCCUUACAGUUAAGUCGUGUAGCGUUAUUAUUUAAUUUCGUACUACAAGGAGCGCGCGAUGCACAGCUUUCUUUUCGCCGCAACGGUGCUUUUUGCUCACAAUUUCGCCGGAGCCGAACCGAAGGCGAAAUGUUCCGUCAGGUGCGACGUGAGUAGAUGCCCGAUGCCUCGCUGUCCCAACGGCUACGUCCCGGACCGCUGCAGCUGCUGCCCUGCCUGCUCCCUGGGCGAGGGCGCGCCGUGCGUGCGCACGGACGACCCCCGUUGCGGCGACGGUCUGGAGUGUGAGUUUUCCGAGGGGAAGAAGUCCUCAAAGGGGCUUUGCCGGUGUAAGCUGCGUUAUAAGGUGUGCGGCAGCGACGGCAAGAGCUACGGAACACCGUGCAAGUUGGAGACUGCGAAUCGUAAAGCGCUGCGGCGAGGGCUUGCGGCGAUAACCAAGGCGCACAAGGGUCCGUGCGCACGGGCCACUACAGGUCCCACACACCUCAACAGCCUCAGGUACAAGUUUAAUUUUAUCGCCGACGUGGUGGAAAAGAUCGCCCCGGCUGUGGUCCACAUCGAGCUCUUUCUCAGUCAUCCGCUGUUCGGAAGCCACGUGCCGCUGUCCAGCGGAUCAGGUUUCAUCAUGACGGAUUCUGGUCUGAUCGUGACCAACGCGCACGUGGUGACCAGCGGCUCCACGCUAACGGGCCGCCAGCAGCUGCGUGUGCAGCUGCAUGAUGGCCAAACGUAUGAGGCCUCCAUCCGGGACAUCGACAAGAAGUCUGACAUUGCCACCAUCAAGGUGACCCCACAGAGGAAACUGCCGGUGCUGCUGCUGGGCCACUCCGCUGACCUCCGACCCGGAGAGUUUGUGGUUGCUAUCGGCAGCCCGUUCGCUCUGCAGAACACGGUGACCACAGGCAUCGUGAGCACGGCACAGAGGGAUGGCAAAGAACUUGGCAUUCAAGACUCGGACAUGGACUACAUCCAGACCGACGCCAUCAUUAACUACGGAAACUCAGGUGGUCCUCUCGUUAACCUUGAUGGUGAGGUGAUAGGUAUAAACACACUGAAAGUGACAGCUGGGAUCUCCUUUGCCAUUCCAUCAGACCGGAUCCACCGAUUUUUACACGAAUCUCACGACCAGCAGCAUAAAGAUGUGGAAAGCACAAUGAAACGGUUUAUUGGAAUCAAAAUGAUCACCCUAACAGAGGACCUGAUUAAAGAGCUCAAACAGCACAACCCAGACUUCCCUGAUGUCAACAGUGGAAUUCUUGUUCAUGAGGUCAUUCCAAACUCCCCUGCACAAAAAAGUGGGCUCGUGACGGGAGAUGUCAUAGUGAAGCUGAACGGCCACUCAUUGGCCAGCACAGAUGAUUUACAGUUGGCGCUGCAAGAAGACACGCCCCUUCUUUUGGAAGUUCAUCGCGGCGAUAACGAUUUAUUGUUCAACAUUGAACCUCAUUUCAUCAAGCACUAAAAGAAAUGGAAGGCCUUGUUAGAGGAGUGAGACAUUAGAGAAGUAAGACAGUUCUUGCUAUAAAAUUUUGAAACACAAGAAUGAGAAGAUGGAUAGUAAGUAUAAAAGAUGACUGGGUGUCUACAGCCAUCAUCACGAACAUGAAGAUGUGUGCGAGAGGUACGCCAUCAGUCAGGGUACACAGAGCAGCAGCUGGGAAUGCUAACUACUGAAGGUCAUUAUUUCAUGGGUGGCUCUGAAUACCUCUGAAACCACAGAAUACCAGUUUAUAAUGGUGGUGUUCUUGGACAGAUUAGAAUGAUGGAGUGACUGGGCCCAGCUGUUUGUGUUUAUAGCCUAUGUAAACAGCCCUAAACCCUGCCAAUCAGGUAAAACGUUAAAACCUGUAUGACGUACUUUGAAAUUAAGGUGUAAACAUACUGCAGAUUUUGUAAGUGACUGACUGGAACUGGUUCACGCGGCAUUGUAGUCUUCAUUAUUCAUAGGCCCUAUUUUACACACCAGUGCAAGUGGCUCUGUGCAAGUACUGUCGAUUUUCUUUUUUAUGUGCUGUAUUUUUAAAACUAAAACACACACAAAUCCCAGAAUAAAGAUUAUUUAGUCUUUCCCAAUGCCCAGAACCUGCAAAAGACUCAGAAUGUCAAGUCAAUUCAAAAAUAAAAAAUAAAAAAUACAGAUAGGUAUAUUAAGGUAUCAUCUGCUGCUUAAUGCCAUAAUUGUUUUAGAUCACAAAUAUGAAUCUAUUUUCAAAACAGGUAAUGUUGUACUGUACAGUGUUGUACUGUACUUGAAACUGCAUAAAUAAGUUGCACUUUAAUUAAUAUUAUUGUGCAUAAUACACAUGAACUUAGCAGUUCUGUAGGAUAUAUGUCCAUAUAUGUCUGUGUAUGUAUGUCCAGU